AUGGACACCAACAACCUCAACAUGGAAAAUCAUCAUUCAACCACCGUUCUUCAUGCCAAUGGGACCACGGAGAAAAACAUCUACAAUGAAGUCGACCCUUCCACUUCGUGCAAAGGAGGUCCUCUCGUCUCUUCAUGGCUCCCCACCGUCCACAACACCCUCUCCUCACUCCUACGCUGGACGGGCUCCUACCCAGUCCACAUUCAGGACUCCCAUCUCACUUUUGUGCGCGAGGCCGUGGUUCCCCGACUUAAGCAGCCGCCUGCCGCGGCUGACAGGCUGCAAUACAUUCUGACACACAACCACUCGCCGUACGAAGUAAGCAUUGCAUUUGCGUCUCGCAAAACGGCCAAAGUGCGGUUUACGGUGCAGCCGCUAGUGGACCUCGAUCCUGUGGGUGAUGACCCCUUGGGACAGAAGGGGCUGCGCGAGAAGCUGGAGGAUCUGGCGUCAGCUUGCGGUGCGGAUCGUACCUGGCUGGAUGCUUUUGUCGAUUCAGUCUUCCUUACUGCCGAAGAGGAGGCGGGCUUGGUGGAAAAGGAGAUGAAUGUUGGUGGUUCUGUUAGUUCGCUGCCGCGGCAGAUCUGCUAUGCCGGAUUCGAUCUCGAAUCCGACGCGGACGAGAAUGGGAAAGCGGCCAUCGGCAUGAAGGCCUACCUGUUCCCUCAGCUUCAAGCUCUCGCAACAGGCCGCGAGCUGGUGGAUAUCACAGAGUCCGUCGUGACGCGACUUGCUGAGGGUGACAGCGGGAUGUUGGCCGCCUGGGGAUUGCUCAAAACGUUUCUCGACUCCCAUAGCGAGGACAACAUCAACAUAUACUUCCUCGCCAUUGACUGCCUGGCGCCCCACAUGGCGCCUCGCUUCAAGGUAUACACCCACACACACGCUAACUCGCUCGCCUCGGCCCGUCACGUCCUCACCCUGGGUGGCCGUCUUUCCCCUUCUUCCGCCAACUUUCUACCACAAGUCUGGCCCCUGCUUAUGGACAUGGAAGACGUUCCCCAAGCCAUCAUGGACGGCCUGGAAAAGCCGCUCAGUGAGCCGGACAGCAAGUACUGCGGGCUCUGCUUCGCCUUCGAGAUGGUGCCGGGCAAGGCAGUCCCGCAAGUCAAGAUGUACGUGCCCAUGUGGCAGUAUGCGCGUGACGACUCCGCAGUUGUGGAACGCUACGGGCGCAUACUCCAGAUGCAGGGGAUGGGGGAUUGCGACUUUGGAGCUGCUGUCCAAGACGCCUUGUGA